CUCUGGAGUUCUCGAACUUAACCGUCCAACCAAUUCAUCUCCGCUCCUUCAUCCGGCUUCCAGUCGACCUUCAAUUACACCAUGCAGGCUACGCGAGCGCUGAGGAUGCUGCCCACGAAGGCACUCCGCAUCCAACCAACCCGGGUUUCCAUGAUCCAGCCCUCGCGCAGGGCGAUGGGACCGGUUCCUAAAGAGGAUCAAAGCGCACAUACCAUCUCGCAGCGUAUUCGCACGCUCAAGAAGAUCCCACCGGAGUUGAUUCCCCUUGGUGUCGUCCUUGCUGUCGCACUUGGUGCCGCCGGCUACUCAUUGGGCAACAAGCUUGUAAGCGACAAGACCCUUCGUCUGUCUCGACAGGGACCGGCUGGACAAUAGAUGGUAAACAAUGGAAACCAUACUCUCAGUGUGCUAUAUAUUUGGGUCGCAACAAGGAAGCCUUCUGCGCCUUCUGCACCUAGUGCUAAACAAUGUUGUAAAUAUUCUUAUUCCUUCGGAAUCAGAACCCGCUUGACCUGAAACUC